AUGGUAAAUCGUAAAAUGAGUGAUGCUAGCUUUUUAGAAUUAGAUAACUUUUCCAAGGAAUACUCCUUUCAAAAUGAGAUUGAAUUCGAUAUUAAAGAAAUCAAAAAUAUUCAUACUUUUGAUGGAUACUCCUUCGACUAA